GAAGUUUUUUGGAAUUUCGAAACUUAUUCUUGUUCAACAAUAACAAUGGCAAGGGGUCCUGCUCCUGCAGACAUGAACACAGCACGGCUGAUAAGAGUGGAUCAGUCAGGAAGGGGGGAUUUCAAGAAGAUUCAAGACGCCAUUGAUUCUGUUCCUUCCCAUAACAAUGAACUUGUUUUCAUUUGGGUUAAGCCUGGAACUUAUAGGGAAAAAAUUGUGGUGCCGGAGGAGAAGCCGUACAUAACACUGAGCGGCAGCAACGCCGCCGACACCAUAAUAACGUGGAAGCAAGGGACAGAUUUACUGGAAUCUGCGGCCAUCUCUGUGUUCGCUCCGGACUUCGUCGGCCGUUUUCUGACCAUCCAGAACACGUUCGGCAGCAGCGGCAUUGCGGUGGCGCUACGUGUCUCCGCUGACAGAGCCGCCUUCUACGGCUGCCGGAUAAUAUCCUAUCAAGACACGCUUCUCGACGACGCCGGAAGGCAUUAUUUCAAGAACUGCUACAUCGAAGGAGCCACCGAUUUCAUCUGCGGAAACGCCGCUUCUCUCUAUGAGAAGUGUCACUUGCAUUCAACGUCGGAGAGGGGUGGGGCAAUGACUGCGCAACACCGAAACUCGGGGGAGGAGAACACUGGGUUCAUGUUCUUGGGGUGUAAAAUCACAGGAACUGGAUCGACUUUGCUUGGACGGCCAUGGGGGGCUUGCUCUAGGGUUGUGUUUGGCUACACUUACAUGUCCAAUGUUGUUGUUCCUAAAGGCUGGAGUGAUUGGGGAGAUCAAACCAAGCAAAGAACGGUGGUAUAUGGAGAAUACAAGUGCUACGGGGUAGGGGCCAACAGAGCCAAAAGAGUUUCGUGGUCGCGCAACCUAUCGACCAAUGAAGCUGCUGUCUUCUUCACUAAAGACAUGAUCGGCGGCCGAGCUUGGCUUCGACCUUCGCCUUCUCAUUUCAAGAGGAGCUCUUCCACUUCUUCCACCAUUAAUGUCUAACAAAACAACAUAACUCAUCAUCUCUUUCUUAUAAUUAUCAAAACUAUUUCAUUAAUGGUUACAUAACUUCUCAUUGUUUUCAAAUUUGUUUGUUGUAUAUUUCAUUCAUACUCACUUGGA